UGUUACUUGGCCGGGCGUUUGUUCGUUGGGUUAGUUGUUAACCUCGUUAAUCUUCAUGUAUUUCAUUUCUUUUUGGAUAUGAUCAAUUUUUACAAGUGUUAAACAGUGGCAAAAUGGCUCCGACAAUUCAGCUAAACGGUACAACUGCCGAUAGAGAAAAAAGAUCUGUAAGAGCGGAGGAAAGAAGAUCUGACUUAAUAUGCAGAAUCAAAUACUGCAAUACGCUCCCCGACAUACCAUUCGACUUGAAAUUUAUAACAUAUCCCUUCGAAUCAACUCGGUUUAUUCAUUACAAUCCAACCUCACUGGAGAGAAACUACAAGUACGAUGUCCUGACAGAACAUGACCUUGGCGUUGAAGUCGAUUUGAUUAAUAGAGAUGCAUAUUCAGGCGAAUGUAACGGACCUCUUGAUCCUGCAGAUGAGAAACUCCUCGAGGAAGAUAUCUCGACUCCACAAGAUUCGAAAAGAUCCAGGCAUCAUGCCCGUAGCGUAUCUUGGCUUCGACGUACGGAAUAUAUUUCCACGGAACAAACUCGUUUCCAGCCUCAGACUAUGGAAAAAGUCGAGGCUAAAGUCGGUUUCACCAUUAAGAAGAACUUUAAGGAGGAAACGCUUUACAUGGACAGAGACAGUCAGAUCAAAGCAAUUGAAAGAACUUUCGAGGACAAUAAGAAGCCCAUUGAAAAACAUUACAGCAAACCUAAUGUUGUGCCAGUCGAGAUCCUCAACAUAUUUCCUGACUUUAAGUUAUGGAAAUAUCCUUGUGCUCAAGUUAUAUUCGACUCGGAUCCAGCUCCUGUUGGAAGAUCAGUUCCGGCUCAGAUUGAGGAAAUGUCCCAGGCGAUGAUUCGGGGUGUGAUGGACGAGAGUGGUGAGCAAUUCGUCGCGUACUUCUUGCCUCAAGAGGAAACUUUAGAGAAGCGAAGGCGUGAUCUAAUGGCUGAAAUUGAAUAUGCUGAGGACGAAGAGUACGAUUAUAAAAUGGCUCGAGAAUAUAACUGGAACGUCAAAAGUAAAUCUUCGAAGGGUUACGAAGAAAACUACUUCCUUGUCAUGCGUGAAGAUGGGGUAUUUUAUAACGAGUUGGAAACCAGAGUAAGACUGAGCAAACGUCGCCAGAAACAAGGCCAGCAACCGAACAAUACGAGAUUGGUUGUUCGUCAUCGCACGCUUAAUGCCAAUGAAUUUAGAAUGCAGAGGUACCGUGAAAAGCAGCUGGAACCUCCAAAUGAUGAUGAUGAGGAGGAGGAAGAAGAGGAGGAGGAGGAGGAAGAAGAAUCUACGAUGGCCACUGAACGAACCGAAGAUAAAGCUGCUUCCGAAAACGAAGGAGGAUCCCGAGCAUCUUCCCGAGCCUCGUCUCGCGCAUCUUCCCGGGCAUCAAGUAAAAAAUCAAGAUCACGAUCUAAAUCAGGAUCGCGCUCUAGAUCAAGAUCGCGUUCAAAAUCACGCUCUCGAUCGCCAUCAAAGGACAGAUCUCAACGUUCUGUAUCCCGAUCUCAAAGAUCAGCAUCUCGAUCCCAAAGAUCGGUAUCUAGAUCACAAAGAUCGGUGUCUAGAUCCCAAAGAUCGGUGUCUAGAUCUCAAAGAUCGGUGUCUAGAUCCCAAAGAUCGGUGUCUAGAUCCCAAAGAUCGGUGUCUAGAUCCCAAAGAUCGGUGUCUAGAUCCCAAAGAUCGGUGUCCAGAUCUCAAAGAUCGGUAUCUAGAUCUCAAUCAAGAUCUCCAUCAAAGGCUCGUUCGACUUCUAGAUCUCGAUCGCAAUCAGCAGCAAGGUCUCGAUCGGGUUCUAGAUCACGAUCCGGAAGUCCACAAUCUAGAGGCACUUCAAGGUCAAGAUCGCGCUCGAGGUCGAGAUCGAAAUCCGGAUCAAGGUCGGGAUCGGCGUCUCCGGAAAAGUCGAGAUCGGCAUCGCCUGCGAAGUCGGGAUCGCAAUCGCCAGCUAGAUCCAGAUCGCAGUCGCCGGUAAAAUCUCGAUCACAAUCGCCGGCAAAGGCUGGGUCACAGUCGAAAUCGCCAUCAAGGUCAAGGUCGGGUUCGAAAUCCAGGUCGCCGUCAAGAUCUGGCAGUGGAAGUGGCAGUGGGAGUGGCAGCGAGAGCAGUGAAAGUGGCUCUGAAGCGGAGUGAAAAUUUAUUGAGUAAACUCCUACACGGCUCCUGCACUCGAUUUUGUAUAGCAGUAUUCUUCAUAGAGUGAAUGAGAGUUUUUCGUGAAGGAAAAUGUUGAGACGAUGCUUGUUUUCAAGUUUAGAAAAAAUUGGGGACUCUUUUCGGUUGCAUAAUGUCAAAGAUGUAGCGCCCUCUAGUGAGACUAAAAAUUUCAUUGAAAUUUUACAGUUUAGUAAUGAUAUUGAUAUUUUAACAAGAAUUUUUAAUCGGUAUUUUAAUUUGCAAAAGAUCGUACAGAUUGAUCAAUAGAGGAAUGACUCAGAUUUACGAAAUAGCUUACAAGCUACAGUGCAUUUUUCAUUUGAUCGGGAAUUCUACAAAUUUUUAGAAGAAAAAUGUAAUGUUAAUUAAAAUAGUUUAAUUUCUAUUUUUUUAUAUUUGAGGUUCAAUGGUUAACUUUUUCGAUUAUUAAAUGAUUUUGUUGACAGUUCGUUAUUCGAAAAUCUUUUGCUCUGAAACAUUUCCAUUUUAGGGCAACAUUUUCAAUUUAAAGACUUUUAAAACGCAGUUUUGGGAACAUAAACAAUUAAAAAAUAAAAGCGUUUGACAUUGAAAAAUUUGGAUAAAUGACGAUUAAAGUUGAUCAACUGUCAAUAUAAAUUAAUUAAUAAUUUCUAUAAUUAAACUGUAGUUCGAGUAUUAGAAAUUGAAAAACAAUUUAUUUUACAAGGCGCUUUUAUUUAAUUUCAAAUCCUAUUAAAAUAUUGCUUCAGCCUAAAACAUUUCCUUUUUAACAUAUUCAGUUUGAAAUUUUGUAAUUUAAAAAAUACAGUUUUUUUUAAUAUUACGCAAUAUUUGACAGUUCAGUUCCAAUAAGCAUUUAUAAAUAAAAUAUUCAUAACUUAACAAUUAGAAAUAGUAAGCCUUGUAUUGUUAAAAUUUCAGAGUGCUAAACUUAAAAUUUCAAAAUUAUAGCUAGGAUUUAUA